UUUGUGAAUGCUACAUCGACUAGCUACCAUGAGUGUCCCCAAAACUCGUAUUUCAACUCUCCCACUGCCCCCCUCAACUCAUCUCAUUACACACAACCUUACCCCGGACCCACACACUCCCUCUCCCAAAGCUUUUAUCAACCAUGUCAUUCCUAACAAUCCAAGUAUCCAACGAAGAGCCAGAUUAAUCUCACCCGAAGCUCAUUUCUCCUAUGUGACCCCAUUCCCAUUACCAUUCCCUUACCACGUCGAGCCUCCAAAGGACGUCAACGAAGAAGAUCUGGACAAAAGCAAGGUCAUCGAACAAUGGUUGAGCGAUCGAGAAGCUAAACAUCCUCGAGAUGACGAUGGAAUCGAGAAUAAACUGAGGCUACACUACCCAAAGAAUCGCGACCAACCAGGAAUACUUAUCGGUCUGUCCGAGACGGGUUUAAGAGACUGCGUACCCCACUUGGAUGUUGGCGAUGCAUUCGCUCAACUUGGUACACCCUCCUUGGUAACUGAACCGGUUUCUGUCAACGGAAAGAUAGAAAAUCCAAUAUCGUCCUCCGAAGACGCAGUUGCUGUUAGACAAGAACUCAUCGACGUCCUCAGUGGUCAUGCUGUCUUAAUGUCUUCCGACUAUCCUGCUGCCGAAGGAGAAGAGGGAGAACAGAAGCGAGGUUUCGUUCCAUGGUCCUUGAGAUACUCCGGACAUCAAUUUGGUUCGUGGGCAGGUCAACUGGGAGAUGGUCGUGCAACAUCCGUUAUGGUCACUCCCCAUCCAAACCAUCCCGAAGAAACCUACGAACUACAGCUCAAAGGAGCGGGACGAACGCCCUACUCACGCUCAGCAGAUGGACUGGCUGUGGUAAGGUCGUCCAUUAGAGAGUUCCUAUGCUCCGAAGCAAUGCACGCCCUUCAAAUCCCCACCACCCGAUCUCUCUCCUUGAUCUCCCUCCCUUCUCUACCCGUCGCUCGGGAACGCAUGGAAACUGCAUGCAUAAUGACCCGCGUAGCACCAUCCUUUAUCCGAAUCGGCAACUUUGAAGCUCUCAACGGACCGAUGCGGAUGAUGUUCUUCGGCGGUGGGCAACAAGAAAGUAACUUGGAAGCGCUAAGAACAUUAGGAGAAUGGGUCGCAAAAAGGGUGUUGGGGUUGACUGUAGCUUUACAGGGAGGUGCUUGGGCUAAACCGUUGUUGAUGGAAGUCGCGAGGAGAAAUGCCGUGAUGGUAGCUGGGUGGCAAGUUUAUGGGUUCAUGCAUGGGGUUAUCAAUACGGAUAAUGUUUCGAUUAUGGGUCUGACUAUCGAUUAUGGUCCAUACGCCUUCAUGGACGUCUUUGAUUCAAUGCAUAUUUGUAAUCAUUCUGACGAUGGGGGUCGAUAUACUUACAGAAACCAACCAUCCAUGAUCAUAUUCGCCCUACGUGCUCUCUUAAACGCACUCUCCCCGCUCAUCGGUGCUGAACUCUCCAACAAAGGAAAACCCAUCCCAACGGACUUCUUCAAAGACGCUUCCGAGGAGCAAAUCGACGAGUGGAAAGCUGCAGCGAUGAAGGAAUGUAAAGACGAAUUAGAAAGAAUGACCCAAGAGGAAAUGAGCAUCGAGUAUGGACGGUUGAUGCGGAAACGUCUUGGACUCCGUCGGCAAGACGAAACAGACGAAAGUCAAUUAUCACGACCGUUAUUGAACAUUUUGGAAAACCAAAAAUUGGAUUUCCAUCGUACCUUCCGGGUUCUUUCUUCCUUCCGGCCGUCCAUGGAGGGUGAAGAGUUGGAUAAAUAUAUUCAAAGUCUGUUAUCGAACAUUUCCGAGCCUUUGAUGGUAGACGAAAUGGACGCUAAACGGGAAUGGAGGGAGUGGUUAGGGAAGUAUAAGGACCGUAUCUUGAGUGAGCAGGAGUUAUGGACCGGGGAGGAAUGGGAGAAGCUGCGAGUAGAAGAGGCGAAGAGGGCGAAUCCGAGGUUUGUAUUGAGGCAGUGGGUGUUGGAGGAGGUGAUUAGAAAGGUGGAGGCUGAUGCGGAGAGUGGGAAAAGGGUUUUGGGGAAAGUGUUACAGAUGGCUUGUAACCCAUUCGAUUCUUGGGGUGCUGAAGGCGACGCCAGAGCAGAGGAGAGUUUGACUGCAGAGGAAAAGGAGGAAAGACGGCUUUGUGGUGUAGGGGAAGCAUCUAUGUUGGGAUUUCAGUGCAGUUGUUCGAGUUGA